UCAGCAAAAGAUUUCUAACCGCCAAACUGAACAUACACGCAAUUACAUCCGCGGUCUUAGUUCGUUAAGUUUUUAGUUCUUCGGCAACAGUUUCCUUAGAAAAAUUCGCCAAGUUCUCGGAAAACUUCCCCAAAAAAACGCAUCUUACAAAAUUUACGGAUUAUCAAGAUUGGGGCUCAAAACAAGAAAAAAGCAAGGAAUUUUCGGUUAAAAAUCACAUUUCAUUCGAUGUGCGACUAAUCUAACCAACUACAAGUAUCAGUGCAAUCGACGUGGCCAUGCCAAAUUCAAAUUCUUCAAAGUGUGUGCUGCGGGAAUCGUACUAGAGUCAAUGGCGACUAGGAUCGCGCUAGUCUAAGCGCGAACGCGCAAAUAUUGAUAACGACGAGGAAAAAAAUUAAAGUAAUUAGCUGGGCGCGCGCUCUCUCACCGAAAAAUUUCGGCAAAGAGAAUCAUCAGAGCUGUUUAUAUAUGUGAUAUUUCCCCGAGAGGAGACGACGGUGGUAAACGCGAAAAAAACUAUAUACAUUAAAAAGGCAACUACACCAUUCGCAAAAUGUGAAAAAGUAAAAACGAUUUUUUCGUCUUGACUGUGUGAACGUUUUCUAUCCUUUUUUAUUACUGCAGUACAUGCUCUAUUUUUCGCAUUUUCGUACCACACUGGUUACAAUAUUUAGUUUGUGCUCUACUGUGUGUCGGCAUCAGCAGGCCGAAGAGUUGAUGCAAGAAGGAAAAAUGGCACUCCGUAAUACCUCAUUUUCUGCAUUUUCAAGUGACUGUGUUAAUUUUCAGAGCAAUUGAUUUUCUUCAAACUAUAAUAAGUGAUACUAUUGGUUAGUUUUCGUGUGUGAUAAGAAGAAGAAAAUAGUUAAAACAAAAAAUCAAGCAGGCAAAUUUCCACAAAUAAAAAAAAAGAAAAAAUACAAACGUGCUCAAAAUGAUUCGCCAACAUGAAUUCAAAUCGGUUCGUGCCAUCGUGGAUGGGCUCUUAAAACAUUGUUGAAAAGUUUUGAAAACAUUACAAAGCCGAAUUUUCUACAAAGUGUGCCAUGCAAGUGCCAAACGUUGCCGUUGUAUAACGACCAUCAACCCGUUGGAUAUUACGCGAAAAACUUGCCCCGAUAAACGCCAAUCUUUGGAGUACGAUAAUUCCGUACUUCACAGGACUGUAGCACAGCUGAAAGCAUUCCGACGGUGACGGUGAGGUUCGGAAAAUAACCUGCACGAUGGUGGACACACAGCACUUUUGCCUGCGAUGGAACAACUAUCAAAGCAGUAUCACCUCUGCUUUUGAAAAUUUGCGCGACGACGAAGACUUUGUCGACGUGACGCUGGCCUGCGAUGGGCGAAGCCUGAAGGCUCAUCGCGUCGUCCUGUCCGCGUGCAGUCCCUACUUCCGGGAACUGUUGAAGAGCACACCCUGCAAGCAUCCAGUGAUCGUACUCCAGGAUGUGGCAUUCACAGAUCUCCACGCACUGGUCGAGUUCAUCUACCACGGUGAAGUGAACGUGCACCAGCGAUCUCUCAGCUCCUUUCUGAAAACGGCUGAGGUGCUGAGAGUGUCCGGACUGACGCAACAGCAAGCCGACGAAACACACAAUCUAGCACAAGUACAAACAUCUACCGGCUCUGGCAACCGGACGCCGGUCGGUCACCACCAUCCCAGCUACGCGGAUAAGCUGGUAGAGGACGCACUGUUUGCGCAAGGUGUCCAAGUUCCGGCCUCCCACCUGAACAGCCUGCACCACAGUCCGGCAGCUCACGGUGGUUCCACGGUAAAUCAGCUGCUGAGAAGGGCUGCGGCCGCCGCCGCCCUCCGGCGCGAACGCAACAAUUCCAACCAGUCCGAUGAGCUUUCGCUGAAGCGUCAUCGAAUGUCGACAGACAACAACAUUCUCGGCAAUAACAACAACCUAGACGUGGUGAGUCACAUGCCGCAAAUAACUGCGACCGACUUCUCAACGAGCAUGAAAACAAACAGCAGCGCUCCUCAAUCCCCUCACAUUAAGGAGCAACAUCGGCAUGAUAGCAAUAAAACACCCAACGGCAACAACAACAACAGCAUCAAUAUCAACAACAACACAAACAAUUUAAACAACAACAACAAUAACAACAACAACAAUCUGAACGCCCACAGUAAGGACAUUUCCAAUGUGGGUGGUGAUCAAUCCUGCGGAAACAUGACCGGCAGCAUAGCGACGAACGGGGGCAGUGGCGGCGGCGGUGGAGGGGGCAGUAUGGGCUCCAACACUGACAAGGAAAGCCUCACACCCUCCCCGUCCGUGCGCUCCAACGACGACGUCAAGUCGGAACCGAUGGAACUGGUGUGCAGUAACGUUGAACAUGACAACAGCUCCGACUCGAUCGUUGACGAGCAGCACGACAUGCAGCACCCUGUGGACAUGAAGGGACCCAUCAAUUCGCCGCGUGAGGACGACAUGGAUAGCAGCAUACAUUCCCACACGGCGCCUCCGUUCCUUAUCUCGCCCGGAGAUAGCAAGUUGUUUGCGCCGCCCGGGUCAUUCAACUUCUCCAUGGCUGCCUUGGCGGCUGAUCCUGCUGCACUUGCAGGUUUCAACUCACAAGCGCUACAAGCUGCAGAACUUGCUGGUUCACCGCAAGGUAUGGCAGGCACGGGACGACCUUCAUCACCAUCGGACGUGAGCCAUCAUGCCGGUGUCAUCGGUGGCGGUGGCGGAGUGAACCGGUUGAGUCUACCGCUACCGCUAACGGCCUGUCAUCGGUGUGAUGUUUGCGGUAAAUUGUUAAGUACAAAACUCACCCUCAAACGACACAAGGAACAGCAGCACCUGCAGCCGCUGAACAAUGCCGUCUGCAAUCUCUGCCACAAGGUUUUCCGCACACUCAAUAGUCUCAAUAAUCACAAAAGCAUUUACCAUCGCAGACAGAAGCUACUCCACCAUGGUGGCCAUCAUGGUCAUGGCCAGCACCCGUUUGCAUCCGUUAGCAGCGUUAGCCCGUUGCACCACCCAUCGCAGCAUGCGCUACUUAGCGAGGCUUCCGGUGCUGGCUGUGAUCUGAAGCAUAAUAUUGCAAAGUUGGAGUUUCUCUAAACUCACGCCUACUACCACUCAUUGAUUGGACGCCGAUUGCAAAUGUUUAACAGGGACGGCACAUAAAUGGAAAAUCCCCUUUCAGUGUACACUGCUGAACUAAAAGAAAACAAAUUUGGACCCUUUUUUGGCUAAAUUUCAAAAAUAUAGGCGAUACAUGCACCCAAAUACUCACAUGCACAACAAUUUGAUGGAAAACUUGAAGCCUGAAAAAUUCAAGUCUAAUACAAAGCAAAGACAGUGGUCAAUUUUGGUUUAAAGAUUGCUGAAUGAAAAAUGCGAUGAUUUUAAGAAUUACUACUCUGCCCCUAGACGACUGAUCGACGUUGGAGACAGAUUUUUUUUCAGCAGAGCGAUUUCCCUAAAGUUUGAUGUUUGGAAUUAAUUCAAUUGCUUUCCAACAUUCUGAUCAUUACAUAUUGUUUAAAACUGGUGCUACAACAUUGUUUGGGUCAAAGUUUAGAAGAAAAACCCAACGGUGUUAACGUCACGAUUCUUAGAGAAACGCUAAAUUGUUAUUCAUAGCGUUCAUCCAUUACACUAGCUACAAAAAUUUGAAAAAAAUGACUGCGCAGGUUCAACUCGAGGUGAAGCAUGAAACACGUAAGUGAUGCACCAUAAUGGGUUUCCUUUUGUUUUUGCUAAAGUGAUUUAGAUUAAUUUUCAAUGUUGUUCACUUGGGAAUUAGUGGCUUGCUUAAAACUAACUUAACCUAUCACGGAUUUUUUUGCGGAACACGUCCGUAUUUGAUAACGAAACCCCCGAGGGUUUUCAUUUAUUCUGCUGCGGUUGAGCAUCGGAGCAGAGUUGUGGACAUCUCAUGGAAAAUCCUUAGUAGUUCAUUCAUGGUGUAGAGCCGCUGCGACGAACACGCGGUUGCUCCACCCUCUGCGUUUUGGUUGACUGAGUCAGCUCCUCUUGGUGUUGGUGUCGGUUUUGGCCGCUCGGGAAUGGGGCCUGUUGGCACUGGCUGUGGAGGAAAUUCGGGACUGGCUGGACAUUCCACUGUUUCUUCGGGCCGGAAGCUUUCUUCCGGAUUUCGAUGAAUCCAUUCCUUGCUGGACACUUUGCGUCGGUGCCGGGGUGGCAGUCCUCCGCAGUUACCACACUUCGUUUCAGCUGCGCAAGCGUUGUUCUCGUGUCGACCCCCACCGUUGGAACACCGUCAUGCAGCAGUUCCGAGUGCCAUGACCAAAACGAAGGCACUUCUGGCAUUGUGUUACGGACUUGUUCGUCCUCCUGUAGGGUUCCCACCGAAUCGUCCGUAUUUCCUUCAGCUGGUUCAGGGUGACCCUUUUUCGAGGUGCACUAGAAACAAGUAGUCCCGGUAGUUUUUCUCCAUUUGAUCCUUGCGGGUCAUCUUCAAGACUUCAGUGGCCGAAGAUCCAGCCGCUCCAGUUCCGAUUGGACGCUUUCCACAGUACAGUCUGGGAGGCCGCGAAUGACCUUGAAUAGACGAGACCCAAGGAGGUCAUGGGUGUAAAGUUCGUAGAACCUCCGUCGGAGAUGUUGGCCCACUUGUUUGAAAUCCUCCAGUUUGUAGCAGAAGAUUUUGGUCCCCUCGCUGCAGAGCUUGAAUUCGGCCACCGCCUAAGUUUUUGCUCGUUGUGAAAAUCGGUGGAAAUUUCUCCUUCCUCGCCUUCUUCACCGGGUUCCCGUCUUCAUCAACAAGUGAAGCGAACUUGUUGUUGUUGAGCAACGCCGAAUCGGUGGCGUCUCCUGGCUUGGCCCUCUUGGAUCCUGCUCCUCCGCCUUCUGUCAUUGUCUUCUUCCAAGCUUCCUCAAGCAGCUGCUGGAGUGGUCUUUCUAUUACUUCCAGAUGAGCGACGAAAAAAUUGACGUGUUGCUUCGUCGACAGUCUGAACGAGAGUCAUCACAAUACGUGGGAGUAGCGAACAGCACUAAUUCUCCAUACAAACUUUGGAGACAAACCAUUCGGCCCUGUCUAAAUAUUUUUGAAAAAUUCAAAGUACACGUGUUUCUGAGGACCUCAAACUACAUGCUUCCCCCCGAGUUGAGACUGCUCAGAAAUGUUGUUGGUCGGUGUUAUAAACCACCUAAUGCACAGUUUUAGCGGUUUUGACCAACAUGCUAAUAAAACAAAUAAAACAACAAAUUACAUAAACUUGAAAAUAAUUAGAUCUGCAGUUGAUGUUUUUCCCUAUUUAAUAAAGAUUCACGCAAAAAUUGGCACAAAUAUGUAUGCUUUUUCUAAAGACUAUUUCUACCUUAAGAAAACGUAAAUGAUACAAGUUUUAUAUCAGUAAGAAAGAACUUAUUUGAGUUUACAGAAGAUUUUUGUAUUAGUUUUCACUAGAAAUGAACGCGCUAAGCUGUUUACGUAUUGGACACUUUAUUCACUCAAUACAAAAACUCUGAAUUGUUGUAUUUUACGUGGAUUAGUCGUCUGAUAUCAGUACUUAAAAGCUUAGUAUUUUUCCAGAUUUGAUUUCCGUACCGUCAUCAGGGGUGACAUUGGGUCUGGAGGGUGAGAUUGGGUCAUAUAAAAAUGCUGAAAUUUGUAUGACCUAAUUUCACCCCACAGACCCAAUGUCACCCGUGAUAACGGUGCUAAAAUAAAAUCGAAUUGAUAUGAAUUAUUUAAAGUAACGCAGGCAAUUUUGGGUCUUUAAAAAUCAUAAGCUUCCAUUCAGUUCACCUGUAAAUUAUAAAUUUAAUUCUAAAUAAGAUCGCUGGGUUCACUCUGUACACUGAAACAAAAGCCAUUCGCAUGAUGCCCGUCUUCGUCAAUUAAAUCAAAACCAAGUUAAUAUUUGACACACUAAAAUUCAAAACAAAACUAGACGAAAUUACGUUAAGAAAUCAUUCAACACUAAAAAUGUUUAAAGUAAUUGUGAUUCAAUUUUAUUUCUUAACAUAGCCGGUAAUACUCAUGUUCAGUGGAAGAAUGCAAACGCAAACAAAAACAUAAAAAGAUUCAAACGAAAUGUAUGUCAAAAUCGAAUAUACAUUAUAAUUAUCGUGAUCAAAAGUUCUUUAAAGCCUCUGACAAGUUAGUUUGCUGCCUUUAUUUUUACGUCGUUAGUGAGCUCAUAAAUUGUUGAAAUUUUUUUAAAUUCAUCAUAUUUAUUUAUUAGCAAUUUCACAAAACGCUAGAUUCAAAAUAUUAUUUUUACUCUUCAUUACUUUUUUUACAUUUAUCAGCAAAUCUUUCCUAAAAUGGUUAUAGGUGUUAUACAGCUGAAUAGAGUUCUUUAUUUUUAACAUAUUAUACACAUAUAUUAUAUACAUUUUUUUUUAACACAGCUACUCGUUACUUUCACAUUUUCGUACGCGACAGCUCUGUAUUUCAUUGUUUCACUAAUCCAGAGGUACUCUUCAAAAUCGAGCUUAGACAAUAUCGGAGAUGACAAAAGCGAAAGAAAGAACAAAGAUCGUUAAAACAAGCCAAUACAUGUUUCUGUUUUAAAAGCAAAUAUUAAAAAUACAACCACAACAAACUGAUGCUUUAAAAACAACUCUCGUGUCAAGAGCAUCUCGAGAGCAUUGUACUUAGACGUACAUACUUAACCAAAUUGUAGAUGCAUCGGAACAUCUGAAUGCGGACAACUUACUUAAAUUCUUCUCUAAAAUUUCGUUGCUGGCAAAUUUUGUGUUGAAAAACAGCAUAGAGCAAUUGUCAUUUUGUAAAAUGAUGUGCAAUAUUGAAAGUUUGCAUUUCACUUUUGACAGUUUUUUUUAUAUAUAACUUUAGUCUAGGAUGUACGGGGCUAAUUUGGUAUUUCAUUCUAUAACAACAACGAAUUAGACCGUACAAGUUGAUCAAAGCAGAGUUUUAUGUUUGAAAAUGUAUGCAAAACACUUUGUAAAAAAUAUCAGUUCAAUGAAACGUUAGUAAAGGUUAACGGUAUCUAAUUGAAUUUCUUUUAAUUUUUUCUUUUUUUUUGCCACUUUUUUCAUACUUUUUUUUUCAACACGUUAUAACAAAAAAUGGAAGAAUUUUUUUUAUACAAUAUGAAGUUCUUGCAGUUCAAUGUAAAUUUUUGAUUCUAUAGCAAAAUUAACUAUUUUGUAGAACCUUAGACAACCUUGAUCUAACAAAUUCAUUCAGCUGUAACAAAGCAUUCUUAUCAGAAUCAUCCGUUGUUCUACUAGGUGCGUCAAACGAAAAGAAAUUAAAAGAAUAAAAUUGCGGUAAACCAAGAUUUUACCUGGCAUCUUACACAAAAAACAGCAUUUAGCAAAAAGAGUUUAUAAGUUGUUCGACGACUGACUAGAUUUAAAACGCAGCGCAAAAACAAAAGAUGAAGAAAAAACAAAUAAAAUAUUUAACAGAGCAAGUAAAUCGCUAGAGCGGAGCAAGAAAAGACAUUCAAAAUUUUGUAGUUACCACGUAUAAACUAGUAUUAAACACAAUGAGGGAUUUUUAACGAAGCGACGUAAUGAAAAACGAAAUCUUGCUCCUAUGCUUUUACUCGCGGGUGCGUCAAAGUAAACACUAAAGAAGCAACAACUAUACAAUUUAACGUGAAUUGGAAUGUGAUUUAUUUCGAAAUUGACGUUUAUACAAAAUUCGGAAUUCAAAAUUGUUAUUAAAUAUAUUAUUUAUGCAAAAAAAGUUUGUGAUUGUCUACAAGACUGAAAAAUUAAAAAUAUAUUUUUUAAACGUAAAUUAUCGGAUUGGGCUAAAAUUCAUAAGGAAAAAGUGUAAUUUAAAGUAAUCAAACAAAAGUCUGAUUUUGAUAAUUCGAUACCAAAAUUAUUAUAAUUAAAGAAAAAUAUAUUUAUGAAAUCAAUCUAAAUCUGGCAAUUUUUAGAAGACUUUAAAUUAAUUUUAUUUAUAUUUUUUGUUAUUUAUGUUAUGCUAAUUUAUUAUUCUCGACAAUAUACAGAAAAAAAAAAACAAAAUCGGAAUAAACACAAAAAUUUAAAAUCUCAUUUCCUCUUCUUUGCAAAAAAAAGUAAACAUAGAUACAGUCCCUCCGCAUAUGUUAGCUGUUUUAAAGAACAAAAUACAAACUUUGAAAAAUACACACACCCACACAAUUAUAGAGAAAGGAACGCAUUGUAUAUAAUUAAACUAUUCUACACGUUGUAUCAAACACACACACAAACAGAUUUACUAAAAAUGACUGCAAAUAGCUUAAUCUAACUACUUACACACAUAUUGAAGACUCCGCUGAUUAUCCCAAAAUUGAUUUGUUGCGAAGAAGAAUAGUUCUCGUUCUGUUCAAUCUCUAAUGCCGGAAACGCAUUAAAAUCUUAUCGCUAAUCAUAAUGAGAAAAAAAAACAUGCGAACAACAGCUACAACAAACAUAUAUAAGCAGAACAUUUAUUCAACAACUAUCCAUUAGCUCCUUAAUGCAAGUACAGAACUCAAAAACACACACACAUAAUUACAGAGAGAACGCGCUAAUUUGAAUUGAACUGCAAAAACGAAGUUAACUUUAUAGCUGUCGGCCACCAUUGCUAGUACCAACCACUAGUGUCUUCCUUUUAACUACAAGGACUUCACCGCCCUGGGCUCCUAAGUGUUUGAGUACGGCACGGAGCGACGGCGCCGGAUACCCAUAUUUACACUUAGAAUUUUUAGAGCGCCCGCCGCGGGGUUCGAACUGUUGGAACCACUGACAGCUGUUAAAAGCACGUGACCACGUCAAUCGUCAAUUUGACAGCUAAUUUUAGGAGUUUUACGUUCGAUUUAGUGAGAUCCAAAUUAGCGCAUUCGCUCUGUAUAAUAUAGCUACAUUUGAUUUGUUCAACGUCUACAAGCAAGUAAUAGAAAUAUAAUAAAGAUUUUAAGGAUACACUCACACACCCACACUUAUGUAUGAAGAAUACAAAAGGAGGUUUAAUUUUUACAAUUAUCACAUUGAAUAGCUCAUUAUAGAAUAUUUUUUUGUACGUUUAAUGCUAAUUUCAUAUCACUAUAUAGUUAAUUGUUCAAUAGUAAGGAACACAGUAGAGAACAGGUAUAUGUUGAAGCAUUUUAAUCCAAUUCCAAGUUACUGAAUUUUGGCAUUUAUAUAAGCACAGGUGAAGUGAAUGUUUCGUUUCUAUAGACAUUACGAAAAGUUCCGUUCUUACAACAACAACAACAACAACAACAGAAACAAAAACAGAAGAAAUUGAUAAGCUGUAGCAUUUUAGAAGGUAGAAUUAGUAUGAUAUAAACACGAUCUGAAUCUAUUUUCCGGCGUUCUAAAUAACUGUUACGCAUCGGCAAGUAUAAAAACAAAACCACAAAACAGUGAAUCGAAGGAUAUAUUUAUUUACAUGAUCACACAAGCGAAUUAAGAAGAAAUCUGUAUGAAUCCGCAAAAUUAUUAAUUAAUAAACAAACAAACAAACAAUAUAUUUCUUCUUAGAAUUACCGUUGAAUAA